UGUAACAAUAAAUAAAAUAUGACUAUUCUUGUUUAUUUUUUAAAUAUUAAGUAUUUAUAAAUUGUAUUUGUGCUGCAGCAGAACGUAGCAAUAGUCAUUUUAAUCAGUAUGGAAAACCAGUAUGUGGAAAAUGUUGAAUCUUCCGAACAACAACCACCACCCUUACAACAACCACCACCACCACCACCACCACCACCACCACAACAACAAUCAUCCUCGCAGCAAGAACAGAAAUUAUCAAUGCUUUUUCUGGAGAAUGGGGGAAUUACUUCAAAUAAACAGAUAAACUGUGAUGGAAAAAAAUCAAUUAGAGAUAAUACUGAUGUAAAAUUUCCACCCAAAUGUAAAAUUAAUAAAGCAGAAAAGAAGAAACGACUGAAUGCUCGAAUGCGUCGUUUAGUAUGUCCUAAAAACGCAUCGAUGGUAUUUUCCGAGUUGUACAACAAUGUAUCAAUUCAGAUAAAAGAGCAUAAAAUUUAUACAGCUACAAUUGAAAUUGAUGGUCAAAUUCAUUCUGGAAAUCAUAGUUCCAAGAAUAAAGCCAAAGAAAAGGCAUGCGAGAACUUCUUCCGCGAUAUGUUGAAAAAAAAAUUAAGUGAACAAUCUGAAAAAAAAGAAAAAUCUCCCGAAGAUGUUGAAAUUGAAGUUGGAGAAAAUGGUUCAAUAUCAAAACCUAAAGGACCUCCUCAGGAGAACUUCCCAUGGCCAGAGUUUGCUUCAUUAGCUAUGAACAACCUAGUAAACCAAUGGACUCUAUAGCCCGUUGUUACAAAAGCUAAUCAUGUACAAGAUAAGAAUAAACUAUCAUCAAAUCAUAAUAACCUAAGGUGAAUAACCAUUUAACAAUGUAUUAUGUUCUAUUUUUUGUUUAAUAUAAAUAUAUAAUAUCUAUAUAUUUCAAUACAA